AUGGGCUCCAUCCUGAGUCGCAGAAUUGCUGGUGUGGAGGAUAUCGACAUCCAAGCUAACUCGGCCUAUCGUUUCCCCCCUAAAUCUGGGAAUUAUUUUGCGAGCCACUUCUUCAUGGGAGGGGAGAAGUUUGACACGCCCCAUCCCGAGGGGUACCUGUUUGGAGAGAAUAUGGACUUAAAUUUCUUGGGAAAUAGGCCAGUGCAGUUCCCUUAUGUCACGCCUGCUCCCCACGAGCCAGUAAAAACCCUCAGGAGUCUGGUGAACAUUCGCAAGGAUUCAUUGCGUUUGGUCAGGUAUAAAGACGACUCAGACACGCCGGUGGAGGAGGGUGGAAAACCAAAGGUUCAGUAUGGCGUGGAAUUUACCUUCGAUUCUGACGCUCGGGUGGCCAUCACACUUUACUGUCAGGCCUUUGAGGAAUUCUCCAACGGGAUGGCCGUGUACAGCCCGAAGGACGCAUCUAUGGCCUCGGAGACGGUCCAUUACAAAAGGGGGGUUAGCCAACAAUUCUCCAUGCCGUCUUUCAAGAUCGACUUCAGCGAGUGGAAAGAGGAAGACCUCAAUUUUGACCUCGACCGAGGUGUGUUUCCCAUGGUCAUCCAAGCUGUGGUCGAUGAAGGGGACGAGUGCCUCGGACACGCUCAUGUACUUUUGGCGGCCUUUGAACGACACGUCGAUGGGAGUUUCUCUGUCAAGCCACUGAAGCAGAAGCAAAUUGUCGACCGUGUCAGCUACCUCCUGCAGGAGAUCUAUGGCAUCGAGAACAAAAACAACCAAGAAACAAAGCCAUCCGACGACGAGAAUAGCGACAACAGCAACGAGUGCGUGGUGUGUUUAUCGGACCUGCGGGACACGCUCAUCCUGCCAUGCAGACAUCUGUGCCUGUGCAACUCCUGCGCCGACACCUUGCGCUACCAAGCUAACAACUGUCCCAUCUGCAGACUGCCUUUCAGGGCCUUGUUGCAGAUUCGAGCUGUACGGAAAAAGCCUGGCACGCUCUCGCCUGUGUCCUUCAGUCCUGUUCUAGCGCAGACGAUGGACCACGAUGAGCACUCGGGCACCGACUCAGUCCCGCCGGGUUUUGAGCCCGUCUCUCUCUUGGAGGCCCUGAAUGGCCUGCGAUCCGUGUCGCCCGCUGUCCCCUCUGCGCCUCUCUACGACGAUAUAAACUUCUCGGGUGGUGAUGGCAGUCGGCAGCUGGGUUCUCCGGAGCAUCUGAGCGACGGCGGUCUGCAGAAAGGCAAAGUCAGCAAAUCACCUGACAGCACUCUGAGGUCGCCAUCUUCUCCCAUCCAGGAGGAGGAUGAAGAGAAGCUGUCAGAGAUGUCGGACGCUCAGCCACACACGCUCCUGUCUAGCAGUCCUGCUCCUACAGAUGCCACCGCAACCGAGGAUGUAGCGGAUUCUCUGUCCCCAGAUGACGAGGACAGGAUACAUGCCGGCGCUGACAUCCUCCAGGACUGCGCAAGCGAACGCAGCAGUUUGACCAAAACGGAGAGCGACCCUCCGGGCGAGCUGUCGUUGCCUGGGUCGUCUGAGUCCACGGAGAGCCUGAAAAGUCAGAGCACCAACUGCUCCAGCCAGCCUCUCCUGUGUCCCGCAAGCAGCUUCCACAGGGAAGACGAGCACCUCCUCCCCUGA